CCCCCUCAAACCACCGCCCCCUCCUCCUCCUCCUCCUCCUCCCUCUCGCUGCGUGUGUUUCACUGAGUGUGUGCAGGAAGACGAAUCGAGCAGCACGCGGAAGCUCCAAGGACGUCCUUUUUUUUCUCGAGCCCCUGGAGCCGGAGAUGCGAGGGACGAGCACUCAUUAGCGCGCGCUGCCUCCACCUGCUGCAAGAGAACUUGAUCUGAAGAAUUCCACUUUCCUGCGACACUUGAAUGUAACAUCGCUCGGACUGAGACGGCGGGGAAUCUAAAGCCAUCAGCAUGAAUUUCGUUAUGAAGCAAGCGUUGGGAGGAGCCACCAAAGAUAUGGGGAAGAUGCUUGGUGGAGAGGAGGAGAAGGACCCCGAUGCUGCCAAGAAGGAGGAGGAGAGGCAAGAAGCACUGAGGCAACAGGAGGAGGAGAGGAAGGCCAAAUAUGCAAGGAUGGAGGCAGAGAGAGAAAACAUCCGACAGGGCAUAAGAGACAAGUACGGCAUUAAGAAGAAGGAGGAGAAAGAAGCCGAGGCAGCAGCUGCCAUGGAGCAGGCCUCAGAGGGCAGCCUGACCCGCCCGAAGAAGGCCGUUCCCACCGGCUGCGGCGACGAAGAGGAGGAGGAGAGCAUCGUGGACACGGUCAUGAAGUUCAUCCCGGCGCCUCUAAUGGAUAUGUUUAAUAAGAAGUAACAGAGUUUGGGAUAAAAUGUGUUUAACUUCUUACAACGUCCAUCAAAUUAAUGCUGUACCAGCCUGUCCUGCCCCGAUCCGCUGUGCACUCACCUUUCCUCACACCUGCCCCGGCCCAUCGGUCGACGUGUCCUGGAGUCACGCAGCGUGCCACGAUUCUGUCUUUGUGCUAAAUUAUCCGAUCCGUACUUUUUAAGAUCCUGAGCAUAGUAUUUGUCCCGAUAACUGAUGAUUUUAAAAAGUACGGCAUCCCACCGACCUAAUGUCCUUUCAAAAUAUCCGUCGCCCGUUAUCCACCCGUUUUGUUUGUAAAUAGCCUCAGAAUGAUAAAAAGUACUAUAUAUAUGAGUGAAAUAUUACAUAUAACAAGAUGACUAAGAGUAUAAGCCAUAUUUUUAACUUUUAUGAAAUUAUUCAAAUCAUUUCAACGUUUUAGUGUUUAUUUUGUUCGUUUUAUGUUCUUGCUAAUAUUUGAUACAUACAGUGUAUAUAAAUAUUCCUUACAUUUUUAUUGGUUCCCACUUGUGAGGAUUCACCCGUUCAUCACGUUCCCAUUGACUCCCAGUGAAGGUGUGUUCAAAAGAGCGUCUGUAAACCUGAAAGUGAUGGAGUUUCGUAGAAAUUUGGACUUUUUCUUUUUUGGUAAUUUACUUUUUAAGCAUGCGGUUAAUGGUUGUGGAGUAACGUGAUUAUAUGGAUCCCAUUUCAUGUGUUGAGAUGAAGCAGAAAACGUUGGUUUUUGAGGCAAUAAAUGGUUCUCUGUGUUUAUUUAUUUACAUCCAACAUGUAAAUUAGGAAAUGGACUAAAAUGUUCUUCCAUUGGGAAAACAGUAAUUGUUCUCCAUAAUGUAAAGCUAAAGAUAAAAUUAUUAAAGUGGCUUAAAAGAGAAACAUCAUUAGUUUUGUUAGCCGGUGUUUAAAUUUAUUUUAUUUUAAGCGGUUUAAACCUGGCUGGUCAAUUUUUGAAUUGUGUUUAAUCUUCAAGUUUUUUCUUUAAUUAUUGUAAAAAAAAAAAUCAAACACAACUAUGUUGUGUACACACUAUAUGUGAACAGACAGUGACAAUAGUGCAAUAUAUUGUUCAAAAAUGAAGUUGUCCUGUGUCUGGUUUAACUAAUAGUCCCAAAUCAGCAAUAACAGACAAUCUUCAUUGUUGUGUGUUUUAAAGUUAUUCCCUGAUGUGUUUGUCGACGUUAAAAGACGCCAACGUGUCCACUUAUUGUAGCUGCAGUUACACGUUUGUAGGUCAGACAUGUUUAACUAAAGUAGUCAAAAGAGGGAAGGUGGGACAAUUUGUUUCAUGUCAUGAAAAAUGUUUACAGAUGUUACAGACUGCCAUUUAUAAAUCAUAGAGCUGUGAGAAGUUCUGCAUGAAAUCUUGAGACAUUGAGGCAAACACCUAAAAUGACAAAUAUAGAUAAGGUUCCAAUCUGAUUUUCUCGAAAUGAGUCGUUAUUCCUCCUUACUUUCAGUGUCUCGUUAAACAUUCCAGAUGUUUCAGACAUUCCAGCAGACCUGUGCAGGUAACUAACCGACAAUUACAGAAAAACAUCUGCAACAGGUCUCAGCCGCUGCCUUCUUUGCCUUCAACACCAGUGCAUCAAAACGCAUCACUUCCAAUGUUCCUGCGGUUAUAACUCGAAAACUGAUAAUUGUUACGUUAACGCACGUAAAACGUUAAAAGCCAGUGGGACAGGCCACGUUUCAUUUACGUUGUUGGAAAUGGUUUCGUGUUCCACGUGCACACAGCUGUAGUUGCAAAUUUUAAAACCACCUAUAAAGUCCCAGUUUAAUUUGUCUACCUGAUCCCAGACGGCCACUAUCCUGCAGUCGUUUCCCUGCUCUUCAGCGUGUCUUCACGUUUUGCAGAAGCCUGUUAUUCAAUCAUUAAUUUAAGUCAGGUGUGUCAAAGCAGGGAAACAACUAAAACAUGCAGGAUAGUGGCUCUGGAGGACCAGGA